AUGUCGGAUGUGUCGAACCCCUUCUCAGCUUGGGAGACCCUCCCGGAGGAUGAACCUCCGCUGUGCAUCGCAGUUCGACGCCCAGUGUCACCUCCACGCCACUAUGAGGCGGUGAACCGUUGUGGAGGCGAUGGAGGCAUCGAGAAGGAGGAUGGAAAAUGUCAUUCACGACUUCUACUAAAAUCUCUUCAACAGCCACGUCCACACGCCUCCUCACCAUCUGAACGAAAAUGGACAUGUCGUUCCAGAGGUCCCCUCUUCCGAAGUCGGACAUGCCAUCGUUACCUACCCCCAGUACUCAUCAACACAUUGACGAGGGUCUUCACUCGUUAUCUGUCGCAAUGCAAAGUUCCUAAGCAAUGGAAAACCAACAAGACCGUGCUGUUGUAUAAGAAAGGAGACCCACAAGACAUCGGCAACUAUCGUCCAAUCUGCUUACUGUCUGUCAUCUACAAGCUCUUCACAAGAGUAAUUCUAAACAGGAUAGAAAGAGCAUUAGAUGAAGGACAGCCAUGCGAGCAACCAGGGUUCCGAAAAUGGUUCAGUGCGAUUGACCACAUACACACGUUUUCAAAACUCACAGAAGUAUCGCGAGAGUACAAGAUGCCGCUGUGUCUCACUUUCAUCGAUUUAAAGAAAGUCUUUGAUACAGUUGAGAGCGAAGCGGUCAUGGAGGCUUUGGACAACCAAGGGGUCCCUACUCCAUACAUAAAGAUACUUGGUGAGUUGUAUAGCAACUUGACGACCAAAAUUUCCCCAUUCUACAAUGAUGUCAUAAUCGACGUGAAGAGAGGGGUUCGUCAGGGUGACACAAUGAGAGUGAAAGUUGACGGCCGGCAUUUACACCAUCUUCGUUUCGCUGAUCAUCGUUCUUAUAACAGCAAGCAUCAGAUGGAACGAAUGCUGGCCGAAUUUGAUGAAACGCGUAAAAAGAUCCGUCUUCGGCUGAACCUAGAUAAAGACGAUGUUUAUGAAGAACGGAUGGGUCGGGAAAUCAACAUGAUGAACGACCUGACCUCCGAGCUGGGCAGAAGGAAACGAGUGGCUUGGGGAGCGUAUAAGAGCAUCGAGGAUGUAGUGAAGAGGACCAAGAACAUCCGGCUCCGUGCUCACCUAUUCAUCACCACCGUUCUUUCUGCUUUGACCUGCGCUUCAGAAACCUUAGUGUUUCGCAAGCAGGAAGAAAAUGCGAUUAGCAUCAUAGAACGCGGAAUUGAAAGGGCGGGAAAUGUGAUGCGUUUCAACGACAAACGUUGGACCAGAGCCGUAAGCGAAUGGAUACCACGCGACAUCAAACCCACCGCAGGAAGAGCGCCGACCCAAUGGUCAGACCUCUUCAGAAAGUCCUUCUUCGAGUUCCUCGCGAAAAGAGAUGCCACUGGUCAACACUUGCGCGCGAUUGGAACAAAUAUAAGUGUUACUGGUACCCGCUGUAAAUCGAUGAACAACGGGAGCACAAGUGAUACAGGUGAGCCUUCGGUGACGCCCACUGAUAUGAUGAGUCCAAUUUCGAUGAGAGUAUUCGUAAAUAUGUCAACUCAACACAUUCAUCUCUUGAGAGUCCCUGGUGAAGGACUAAAUAGAGCGCCACCGGUACCGCUGUGUGCGGUUGGUCAAGAUUCUAGCAGAAGAGUAUCAAAGAAGGACUCAUCAUCGCGCAAGAAUAAACUGGAUUCGCGUAAAAUGCAAAAGCUUGAUCUCCGAAGGAUCUCAGCGGCAAGACGGAGGCCAGAUGCAGAUUCAACAAGAAGGCGUCGAUGA